AUGAGAUACUUUGGCAACGACGUCGAAGUACACAAGGUUACCACCGAAGACGGCUACAUACUGGAGGUGGACAGGAUUCUUCCAAGGUCGUCAGGUGGCGCCACGAUAAUGCGGACGCCGAUGCUGCUUGUGCACGGACUGCUCGGAGACGCUGGCUCCUGGGUGAAAAACUUGCCUUCGCAAAGCGCAGGUUUCCUUCUUGCAGACUCUGGCUACGACGUCUGGUUAGUGAACACUAGGGGCGUGCCACAGUCCAACUAUCACGUCUACAGGGCAAGGAACUUUGUUAGGUUUGACUACGGAAUAUUAGAGAACUUGGUCAAGUAUGGACAGGUGAAGCCGCCACCUUAUCCCCUGGAACAAAUCCGAGUCCCUGUGGCAAUCUACCAGGGACAGGGCGACAAAUUCGCCGUUUCCCAGGACUUGGAUGACCUGAGCGAGCGGCUCAAGCAUGUGCUGGUGCUGAAGUAUAUGGUUCCGGACCCAGACUUUGGCCAUCUAGAUUUCAUCAUGGGCUUUAACGCAACGGAUAUUCUCCACAGCCACAUGAUAGACUUGAUCUCCCACUACACAACAGUCGCUUGAGUGUGAGAAGCAUGUUCACGUGCUCUGCUCUUGUUCACUGGGGAGGAAGGAAAAGAAUGCUGAGGAGGCCUUGAAGUUGCAGUGCUAAAAAAAAAAACA